AUGUUCUUUUUUGAGAAACCUGUUGUUUUUACUAUAAUUCAAAUAACAAUGAUCAUAGUUAAACCUGCCAAAUAUAAAUUGAGUGACCCGUUUAGGCCGGAAGAUACAUCGAAAUUAUCAGAGUCUAUAAUUAUGUAUUUCAAAAUUUUUCACAUAUUUUUAGGCAUCGAUCUUGGUGGAUUUCGUUACCAGAAUCGACAAGUCAAAUACGCUGUGAGAUUAAUAUCAUUGAUCCAGCCAUUAGCCAUUUAUGGUUUGUGUAUAUACGCUUUAUUAAAAAUUAUUGCAAACACUGAAUUCUUAUGGUACACUAUAUCCUUCACCGAAUAUGUAGCUAUGUCUGUCGCCAUUACGCUAUUCAGUAACGAAAUGACGUACUGCAAUUUUAUGAUUAAUUUAAAGUUCAUCGAUACAAAAUUGAAAAUUGGCGAUGUAUCGUUCAGAAUUGGAGUGAAGCUUAUAUCCAGUACUAUUCUCAUCGGAGUUACUAGAUGUUUCACGACGACGACUUAUUGUCUCCUUGGCUUCUGUGCAAAACCGACUGCAGCACAAAUUUUAUUCCAAAUACCAUGGCUCACGAUAGACUUAAUGCUUUUACAAUACAUGUUUAUAUUCUAUGCGUGUUACUGUCGUUUAGUGAAAAUUCUGGGAAUUUUGAAAAAGCGGAACACAGAUAUAGAGGAGAUGCGAAGGAUUUAUAAAACUCUAGUUGACGUGUUGGAUAGAGCAAGAGCACCAUUUGAUUUAGCGUAUCUAUUAGGAUUACUCUUUAGUAUACCAGAUGUGCUUUAUUCGAUCUAUGAGUCAAUAAUCAAGGUUGGAGAGAUAAACACCGCAAAAGCAUUAUCAAUGAGUAUAAUAUACAUUACGAACAUACAAUCACUGGCGCUGAUGUUUGCACCGGUUUUAACGGCUGGAUUCCUCCCAUCGUUGACGAUGAAAAUGAGGAUAAUUUUACAUGACAAACUAUUGGAAGAACAAGAUAAAAAAACGUAUCGCCACAUCGUGCUUUUCAUCAAAUAUAUCGAAACUUGCCCCUUGAAGUUAAAGGCGUGUCAGAUAAUACCUUUAGAUUUCAGUUUCCCGAUAAUUAUCCUUAAUAUAGUCGUGACAUAUUUGAUUGUGGCCAUACAGCUCACGCAUUUUUUGUAG